AUGGCAAAUAACCAUAACAGCAACAACCCAAAUGUGGCCAACGACUACAACAGCAACAACAACAACCACAACAACAACCACAACAACAACUACCACAACAACAACAACCACAACAACAACAACCACAACAACAACUACCACAACAACAACAACAACCACAACAACAACUACCACAACAACAACUACCACAACAACAACAACAACAACCACAACAACAACAACCACAACAACAACAACCACAACAACCACAACCACAACAACCACAACAACAACCACAACAACAACCACAACAACAACCACAACAACAACUACCACAACAACAACUACCACAACAACAACAACAACUACUACAACAUCAACUACAACAACCACAGCAACUACAACAACAACAUCAACAACAGCAACAACAACAACAACAGCAACAACAACAACAGCAACAACAACAACAACUACAACAUCAACAACCAAGACACGUCGGAGAUGAAAACGACGAGGAUGUUUUCCAGCCCCAAGCACUCCCCUGCCAAGUUGCCCCUGUCCAGCCACGGCCUGCCAGAGUGGAGGGAGAUAGCGGAUUCGGACAUCCUUCCGAAUAGAACGGCCGGCCAGAUCAAGGACAAAUGGAGGAUCAUGGCCGGUAUGCGAAGGCAGUACCACAUCCAAGCGAAGGAUCUUGCCCGAAGUCUGAAUGACAUUCGUCACCAACACGGGCUCACACAUCAACAACAACAUCAGCAGACAUCAACAACAACAUCAACAACAUCAGCCGACAUCAACAACAACAUCAGAAGUUUCUAG